AUGGGGUCUAAUUCAAGGAGCUUUCUUGACUUGGAGCAGCAAUGUUAUUCAAUAAUCACGCUACCUUCUGCAAACAUAAGGGAAUCUAGUCGAAUUUUGGCAAUGAUAAGUUCUACUAGUGGUAGAAGAGGAUCUAGUAAUGUCUGUUCCUUAACUCAAAAUGAGGGAUCAGGAGAAGUAAUAAGCAGUAUCAGCGCGAAAAAAGCCGAUCCUUCUGAUGAUCAGCGAUGGGAUACCAUUUUCGCCGUCUGUUUUGGGAUUGCACUGUUUCUAGAUCCCUUAUUCUUUUACAUGUUUGUGAUUGACAACAACAGCAAGUGCAUUGACUCGGACAAGGCUUGGAAGAUCACGAUGUGUGCUAUUCGUUCAUGUAUCGACUUUAUCUACAUACUUCAUGUUAUUCGGAAAUCUUGCAAUGGAUAUUAUCGUAAUGCUACAUCUUCUAGAUUAAUAUGCUUGAAUCCUUCCUUCAUUUUGGACGUCUUAUCAGCUCUUCCCGUCCCUCAGGUGGUUAUCUUCAUUAUAGCCCCACAAGUAAAUGCACCAAUUUCAUCAUUCUUGAGGAACCCAUUGGUGGUUGGCUUGAUCCCACAUUAUAUCAAUAGAAUCAUUAAUGCUGGUAAAUUUUACUUGAAAUUACCAAACGGUUCCAGGAUAUUCCGUCCAGCCUCAUUCACUGGUCUCGCGUUUGGUGUGUUUGUAUGUGUGGUAACCAUUAAUGGAUUUGGGGCCUUGUGGUACUUCUAUACGAUUAUGCGAGUAGAUGCAUGCUGGCGCAUAUCUUGCGCCAAGAACAAUUGCAAUCCUGACACUUUGAAGUGUGGAGCAGUUCGCGUAGGAGACUAUUCAUUUCUAAAUUCUUCUUGCCAUUUUCUUGAACCCAAUGAGAUGAAAGAGCCAACAGAUUUUGAUUUCGGCAUAGUCCUGGAGGCACUGCAAUCUAAGGUGGCAGAAAAUCGAAACAUUUUGCAAAAGUAUAUCUACUGCAACUGGUGGAGCUUGCGAAACUUAAGUUCCUUGGGAGAAAGCCUCAGGACGAGCAGUUAUAUCUUGGACAAUGUCUUCGCCAUCUUCAUUUCAUUCUACGGCUUGUGUCUAUUUAUUUUCCUCAUUCAGGUUAGAGCUUCCUGA